UAUUAGGUUGCGCGAGUUUAGUUGAUUAAGUCGCGGUCUGGGCGCAGGUUCCUCCUUCUGAAAGCAGUUUGCAAUUGUUCCUAAAUUGGUGUUGUGCCACAGAGUGUUUAGAGGUGCGGUCGCAAAAUUCGUGACUAGAAUUGAUCGUGCUGACAUUUCCAGAACCUUUUGAACUCCGCUCGCUAGUAUUUCACCAUACCGACUUUGAUUGAAACGAAAACGACGACGACGACGACAGCAGACAGCAGGGAGAGAAAUCGAAUCGAAAAGUGAAGUCAGUUCCGUUCCGCGAUUUCCUCUGGCCGAGCAAAGAUUAUUGACACGUGUGUGUGAUCAUCUCUCAUUCCGCCUCCUCCAGGUGUGUUUGUUUUGUGCUUCCCUUUUGGGUUUCCUAUUUUAUACAUUUGCUGGUGCUUACGAGUAGAGAGGUGCGUUUAUGAGUCUUUGAUGAUUGUGCAGUGGUUUGUUACUGUGUGUUGAUUGUCGAGUUGCAGCAGCUUGUGCAGUGUUGUUCAGAGAGUGCAGUGACGAAGAAAGAGAAAAGCAAACGCUCGAAGGAGGCAAACACACAUACCGAAAAAGAAAGAGCGAGAGUUGUGGCGAAGAAGCGGCAGUUGUUAGUAUUAAAUUGGUUGUUUGAGUGCAGGCCUCAAGUGACACAUAUUUUCGAAUCGCAGGGCAACAAAUCAAAUCCAAUUGGCAAUCUGCUGGCAACGGGAAGAAAGAAACGGGUAGUAGGACUGGUACCUAACACUGUGAGUGGCGAAAGAUAAACAAACGACGACGGAUUCUCGAUUGUUUUCCCUGGUUUUAGUGGAAAAUCGUGACUGGUGAGACAAAGGGAAAGAAACGAAUAAUAAGAGACGAACUUCUUUUUUUUUCGCUGUAAAAAAGAGAUUCACUUUCCGUUGACUGUUCUGGCGAAUGGUUGCUUAGAGAAAAAAAAAGAGGGAGAAAGAGAGAGGCGAGGAAUCUCGACAUAAAAGAAUCGACCAUUGAGAUCGACAGCAACCGCAUCUUCAUUUACGAAAAGAUUUAUGGCAGCUGAUUCAUAACUAAAACACACAAUCCACACGAAACAACGGAAUCGACUUGCAGUGACUGCCGCCACUCCUGAAUUCCGAACCAACGCGCGCUACAUUUUGUUGUCGCGCGACAUUCAGCCAACGCUCUCGCCUAACCGACGCAACCGGUGGAACACAACCGACAGCACAGAGUACGUUCCGUCUUGAACUGGCAAGCAACAGUCCAACCAUCCGAGGAAAUACCUGUGUGAUGCUUCGUCACUAGCUCGUGAGAGGUAGAUUUGAGGAACAACCAGAUAGUGUGAAAGAAAAUCAAAGGACGGUUUCAAGUGACUGCUGGAUCGAACAGGGACAGGCAAAAUGGGACUCCGCUGGGAGAUACUGCUGUGCGUCUUGGUUAACGCACUCCUCGCCCAAUCGGCCGUCUACACCCCGGGCAAUGCCCCCGUUUACAACCCGAACGCAAAUGUCGACGUCCAGGCUAUCGUCCCCACGCAGGUCAACAACCCCGGCUACCUCGUCACCCAGACCGUGUACGGAUUCUUGGACUUUACCACCACCAUCGGCAACACGGUGAUGAUCUUCUCCCCGCAGAGUGCAGCUGCUGUAGUAACUGAGCCCCCGUCGACGACACCGGCUCCACUGCCGGUGAUCGAAACAUCACCCCCGCCGACCACCACCACCCCGGUGGCAGCGAUCGCCGAGGAGAUCAAACCAAGCAAAACGGUGAUCUUACCGCAGCAACCGAAGGAGAAGGUCAGUAUCGUUCAGGUCAUCGCCGAAACUCCGAAACCCUUCGUCGUGAAACCCAACACUCCGGUCAAGUUUGUCCCCAAAGUGGUGACUCCGGUGAAGGCCAAACCCAUUAGCAAACCGAAACCGAAGGUUUCGAUCGUGGAGGUCACUCCGAUCAAGCCGGAACCGGAACCGGAAGUGGAAGUGGAAAAGAAGGUCGAACCGAAGGUACAGGUCGUGAAGCCCCAGGCCCCGAUCAUCAAGGUUGUUGCUGCCAAGGUGGAAGUCACGACCGAAAAGGAAAUUGUUACUCCGGAACCUCAGAUAGAAUAUGUUCAUGAGGAAGAGGAGGAAGAUGAGGAGGAGGAGGAGGUAGAAGAACACGAAGAGGAGCAUGAUGAAGAAGAAGAUGAACCAGAACAGGUAGAAGAACAGAAGGUUGAGGAAUCGAAGGUAGAGGAAGCUAUCCAGGAAGAGGAAGAUCAGGAGGAACAAGACGAAGAAGAACACGAACAUCACGAACAAGAAGAAGAAGAAGAAGAACAUAAAGUAGAGGAGAAGCCAAAGCCAGUGGUGGUUGAAGCUACCAAACCGAAGGCAGCUGAAGAACCAACCAUCGAAGCUCACAAGCACAAGGAACACUCUCCGAUUGAGUUCUCGAACAUAACGGAAGAAAACGAAACCGAUCACGGAGCCGACGACGAGCAGGAAGACGACGACGAAGACGAUGAACCAGCCCCAGUGCUGCAGAUUGGCAACAACAUUGCCCCAGAGCCAGAGUACGAUUUCCUGUCCCGUCAGCCGUCGGAAUUUGUGGAAGAAACCUACCGGGUGGUAAAUUUGAAACCGACCGCAACUUCGAGUGCAACGUCGGCAUCGACGGUCAGAGCCAAGCCCAAACGAGGUAAUGCCGCCGCUGCUGCAGCGGGUCAUCAACAGAACAAGCAGGCUUCGGGACCGAAGGUGCAGCCCACUCCAACGCUUCGCAUUCUGAAAACGGCCGCCCCCAACCAUCCGAACAAAACGCCCCGCUACAAUCCGGAGCUGGCCUCGAUCAUCACGCCGUCGCACUCGUCCCAGCAAGCGUUGGAGGACACGGGUCUGCCGCUGGAGAAUCUCUUUGCCAACCAACCGAGCUCCAGCCUUGUGCGGCCAUCGCGCCGUCUCAGCGGUCCCGGAGCCGGCCUCAAUGGGGGAGCUUUCAAGAAUCGCCUCAAGAACCGCAUCGGCAAGGACGACAGCAACGAUCUGCAGGACCGGUCGGAUACGGUCGACGAACCGGUCGGGCCACCGGCUCUGUCCUCUUCGCAGCCAAGCUUUGGUAAUGGGAAGAAAACUAACCGCUACCGUAACACUCAAACCAUCAAGCCUAACAAUGUAGUCAAGAACACCCGCUUUAACCGAUUCUCCUCAUCCAGUGUGGAACUGGCGACGGUGUCCGUUUUUAGUGAAACCAUCACCACUCCCGCCUACGCAAACAGGCGUAACAAAGCUUCUCGUAACAGUUUCAAGCCUAGCUCUACCAUAUCUAGCCCAGCGUCGUCAGCAACCCCGAGUCAGGAGGCGGCCAAUCGCCGGGCGUUCAAGCCAAACCUGAGGCCAACGCCGCCGGAGGGCGAAUCCUCCACCACCACCACCAGCCUGUACAAGUUCAAGUUGAACCGCUCGCCCGGACGGUGGCAGUACAAGAGCCCCCCGAAACCGACGGUCAAUAUCCGAAAGCACCCGGGAUCCAAGAAGUCCAGCGACGGUGUGGAGAACCUCACUACAGCCCCCAUCUCGGACACCUCGGUGCAGUACAAUGACAUCUCGCAGAACCCGGACCACUCGGAGAAGGUCGACACCGAUGCGGACCUGGAUCAGUCCGGAUCGGUCAACGGAAACGUGCUGAACGAUGCCGAGAACGAUAACCAGAUUGAGCGCCGGUAUCCGAUCGAGACGGUCAAGGUGGAGAUUUCCACGCCGGUGGACUUCAAGGACACAUACUAUGAAAUCGCUACCAUCAAGUCACCCUACACUUUCCAGGUUGGCACCGUGAAGAACACCCGCUACAUCACCGUGACUUCGACUUUCGAGAAGGUCUUGGAACAGGAAACGGCUACCAUCACCCCCUCGCUGACGGAACCACUGACCGAGAACAUCCUGGCUACAACCACCCACAUCGACAAGGAAAGCAAUCUGCUGGACUCGAGCAUCGCUACUCUGCCAGCGAUUACGCUUACCGGAGACACGGAAACUCCACCACUGGAGACGCUGACGGAGACCUUCAGCACUACUCAGGUCAUGUUGAAGACUCACAUCCUUCCGGUGAUUCGUGAUGGAACGGAUACCACGAGCUACACGCUGAUUCAAACUUACCACGUGACCCGGUUGGUGACUGCCACCAAAACACUGCCACCGAUGGAGCUCUACCAGUUUGUCCCGUCAAAGACCUUGAACGAGUUCAACAGCCGUCUGGAUGAGGCCGGAUCCGAACUGCACUUGGAGUUGGAAUUCGGUGACGAAAACGACGAAGACGACGACAAACCCAAGCGCGACCGUCUACCGUCCGAUCUGGACCUGUCCAGCAUUGGAUCCGAUUUCGAUCUCUCCGAAGUCGACAAGACCAACAUCCCAGAAAACAUUCGACCCAAGAAGAAGAUCGCGUCUCACAAGGAAGGCAUCAAGACCACGACGGAAGCCCCGGUAUCCACCCCGUCCCUAACCCCAGAUCAACUGCAACAGUUGGCUCUGCUCCGGUUACUUAACCCAGCCGCUGCUGCCCAAAUCCCGUCCGUCAUCACCUCUUCCAAACCGAUCAUCACUCUUGAAACCAUCUACGAAUCGCACGUCCUCCCGAUCAUCAACGGCCAGAACACCAAAUUCAGUACCAUUUCGCGCCCCAUCGGCACCCUCACCAAGACCAACUACGAAGUCGUCACCACCACCCUACCCUCGCUCCCACUUCCACCAAUCCCCCAGCUGAACCCCUUCCAGCAGCCACAGGUUACGCUCCAGUCCACCCCGGUCGUCACCAACAUCGUAGUAACGGAAACCAACAGCAAGGUCCUGAAGCUGACCUUCGGCGCCAAGACGGCCUACACCACGCUCUACUCGACGACGGUCGUCCCGACGCAGUUGACCACCUACGUGACGCAGUCGGUUCCGGUGGUGCAACCGACGGCGGCUGCCUUCCCCGGUUACUUCCCCGGCCCGUACGCCCACUACCCCUACGUGGGCUAAGGCGGGCCACCGCCACUGAGGCCGACAGACUCUCUAGAACCUAGGACAAACACUGAAACUAUUUUAGUAAUUAAUUUUAUGCGA